AGAGACAUAGUCAUUUGCUGGAGGGUGGGCUGCUAAGUGGUUUGUGUUCUUUCCUUAUUCUGACCCCUGAUGGGCAUCCCCCAGUGCAGGAAAUGACCACAGAAUGCAGUGUCUGUGGCCCUCUGUGGUCUCUGGAGAACUGUGAUCACUGGGUCUGUGUCAGGCUCCACCUGCCCCAGUGAGAGGGAAGCGGCGGCCCACCCCAGGCAGGGGUGCAGAGAGGAGCCCAGGGUCACAUGACCCCUGACAGAGGCCAGUGCUCUGGUCCUCCAGCCCGAAGAACUGUGUGACCUGCUUGGGACCCUUGUAAUGGCAGGGACACGCUCAUGCUCCUGGGGAGUGUGUCUCCACAGCCGGGUCUGUCGUCCCCCUGUCCUGCCCACCUUGGCUCCUGCACACUGUAGGGUGUUUUUUUUUUAAUUUUAUUUUUUAUUCAAGUGUAGUUGAUUUGCAGUGUUAGUUUCAGGUGUACAGUGAAGUGAUUCAGUUAUACAUAUAUCUAUCUAUUCUUUCUCACAUUCUUUUCAUAGCUCAUUACAAGAAAUUGAAUAUAGUUUCCUGUGCUUUACAGUAGGUCCUUGUUGUUCAUCUAUUGUGUAUGCAAUAGCAUGUGUCUGCUACUCCAAACUCCUAAUGCAGUUUUGUUUAUAUGGCUGUCAGCACCCACCCUCCUAAGGAGCAUCUAGGAUCAGAUGCUCUUCUCAGCUGGUGGCAGAAGCGAGAGCUUGUAACGGACGUGCCCACGCCUGGAGAGCUCAUGCCCUUCUUCACUCUGUGGUCUUCCUGGCUCCCGUGCGCGGCCAGCCUGUGUCCUCACCAAGUGCAUUUUGCAUGUGGUUGUUGAACUUUGAUUCGGUGACUCAUACUGAGGCGCAGGCUUUAGGCUCCCUCCCUCAUUUGAUUGCUUUCUUCCUUUCCAUUUUUUUUUAAACACAAAGCAAAACUACCUUUGCAGCUGAAUGUGACUCUGGCGAAAGGAAGUGGAGCUUUGGCCCGAAGUGGCUCCCCGGGACACCUGGCUGGCUGGGAGGACAGCGUGUGACAGCUGCCGGUGGCUUGGCCAGCUGCAGGGAGCAGGGUGUCUGCAGCAAGGGCUCCACGACACACCCGGCUGCUCAUGCCGUUAGGGCUCCACCAGGAAGAAGCCGGCGGCAGGACCCUCGCCGGGUGGCUGGCCAAACAUGGAGCGCCAGAGCAAGAUGGAGUUCUUCCAGAAGCUGGGCUACGGCCGGGAGGACGUGGUCAAGGUGCUGGGCAAGCUGGGCGAGGACGCCCUGGUCAACGACAUGCUGCAGGAGCUGAUCCAGACGGGCAGCCGCCCCAGCGCCCAUGAGGCCGGCGCUGCACCCCUGCUCGUCCCCCGGGGCUCCUGUGGGAUCCCCGCCUCUGCCCAGCACGGGCUGGGAGCGGACCCAGAAGAGAGGAGCAGAGGCCCAGCCAGUUCCUUGCGACCCAUCGUGAUCGACGGCAGCAACGUGGCCAUGAGCCAUGGAAAUAAAGAAGCCUUCUCUUGCCGGGGAAUCCAGCUGGCUGUGGACUGGUUCAGGGACAGAGGACACACCUACAUCAAAGUUUUUGUUCCAUCCUGGAGGAAAGAACCACCAAGAUCUGACGCCCCGAUCAGAGAGCAGCACGUGCUGGAGGAGCUGGAGAGGCAGGCGGUGCUGGUGUACACGCCGUCCCGCAAGGUCAGCGGCAAGCGGGUGGUCUGCUACGACGACCGCUACAUCGUGAAGGUGGCCUACGAGCAGGACGGGGUCAUCGUCUCCAACGACAACUACCGCGACCUGCAGAGCGAGAACCCCGAGUGGAAGUGGUUCAUCGAGCAGAGGCUGCUCAUGUUCUCCUUCGUCAAUGACCGGUUCAUGCCUCCUGAUGAUCCCCUGGGCCGUUGGGGACCCACCCUGAGCAACUUCCUGAGCAGGACGCCAAAGCCCCCAGAGCCGUCCUGGCAGCACUGCCCCUAUGGUGGGUAGCGCCCCACGUCUUGUGGGCCCUGUUUAGGUCAGAAGCGCUGGCCGGAUAGUCUGCAGCCUGGUGUCUAGCCAGGUUCUGCUCUUAACUAGCUGUGUGAUCCUGGGGAGGUAACUUUACCUCUCUGGAUGGCAGUUUUCUGACAGGGUUAUUGUAAUGAUGAACCAACAUCCUGGACCCCUGUUGCAUGGGAGGGUUUGUGAGCGCUGGAUGCAGGGUCACACAGAGGGCACCCCCAGGCUCGCCUUUCGGAGGCCCUUCCCCUGGCACCUUGUGCCCACAUCCGGCCCCACCGUCCUCCCUACCUCCUAUCCUUAUGGACUUCGGUCGGUGCUCUCCGUUAAGAGUUAAGGAUUCCAUCCCAGAGCCCUUCAGGGAUGCCAGCCUGCUAGCCAGCUGCAUGGGGCAGGCACUGUCCGGUCCAUACCGCCUCCCCCCUCCCUCCCACCCCCAGGUCCA